AUACCAUCAACGGUAGUGUUCGGCCUGUCCGAAAGGCCUCUGCGAGUCGUUCACCCCGCCGUGAUUCUCCCCUCACGGCUUCUAACGACGAUGCAGACGAUGGGGGCACCGACGCGGACGGCUCGGCGUGCAACGCCGCUGACGACGAAGACGAAUGGUGGGCAAGGCCCAUCGGAUCCGACGAUGAAGUAGAAGAAUGGCACGCGGGCAUCGAUGCUGGCGGAGGGGAUGGUGCCGCUACAGGCGACGAGAACGCCUGCGGGGUGGGCGACGAUGCGGCCGACGAGAACGCAUGCGGGGUGGGCGAUGAUGCGGCCGACAAGAACGCGUACUAGGAGGGUGACGAUGCGGGCGAGUAUCCGAGCGGUGAGGAAGGCAACGAUGUGGACUACGACGAGGCUGACGAUGCUGCCGACGACACGAGCGAUGAAUCGGGUGACGCUGCUGACGACGACGAUGACUUCGAUGCAGUAGCGGCGUCGGCGGGGCGAUGUCGUGGCGGGGCAAAGCUGCGGAGCUCGAAGUGGAUGGCUGACAAGAUGGAACGCGUCGAGUGCGAUGCCACUAACGACAACUCGACCGAUGAGGC